AUGAGGGUCAUUCUCCUGUCGCUUCUUUCAGUAUCUUUGGUGUCGGCAUGGAGAGUUGAUAGACGUUGCCUCGAAGGGGGUGAAAUAUUGACGGGAGAGGAAGUUGACCAGCUAAUGUUUGAAAACGGCAAUGUGCAAGAAGACUACCUUGACUUUUGGGAGCAAGAGGAAUACCUCGAAACCGACAAAGAUAUUGGCUUCCGAAAUCAUUCAUUACACGCAAACACCACGAGGAGACUUCAAUCUGGGACGUUCAAUUUGAAGCUAUAUUGGCAACGUGGUUACUGCUGGCAGGAUGAGUGGAUAGAACGCAAGUGGUGCAUGGAGUGUCGUCGGAACUGCAACAACGGUGAUGUCCUGGAGCUUCAAAGCUGCUCGAGGACCUGGAAACAACGAUUUCGUUGGGAGGGUGGAAAGCUCAAAAUUGCUAGCAGGAAUAUGUGCCUGACCAGGUCAGGCAACAGUCUUCGACUUCGAUCUUGCGGGGGAGGAAACCAGGGCUUUCGUGGUCUCACUAACGGUGGAGGCUUUCGACUCCGACCGAGCGGGAGUUCCAAGUGCCUGAGCCAGCAUCAUCAUCCUAAAGCUGGCGAGGUCAUUGAGCUCACCAACUGUGGAUUAGCAGGGCAACAUAAGACAGACAAGUGGAAUGUGUACUGGGGAAGCGCCAGCGGAGGGGGCGGUGGCGGCGGUGAUGAUGAAGACAACGACAAUGACAACGACAAUGACAACGACAAUGACAACGACAAUGACAACGACAAUGACAACGACAAUGACAAUGACAACGACAAUGACAACGAUGGCGGCAGUGGAAAGCCUUUGGCCUCCGACAACAAGAAUUGUCGGCCCGGCAAUCGAUGUAGUAGCUGCGAGGGGGAUUGUGAUACAGAUGAUGACUGUAGUGGUUCGCUUCGUUGCUUUCAGCGUUUUGGUCGAACUGCAUUAGAUCCUGUCCCAGGUUGUUCCGGAACUGGGUUCAGAGGUCGCGAUUAUUGUUACUAA